UCUGCGUCUUCGUCCUCAUCUUACUCAAACAAGUCUCCGUUCCUGAGAAAAAGUUCUUCCCUCAAUCCGCCGGCGGCGGCGGCGAAGGGGCAGGCGAGGGUUACUCUGAAAAGGGGGGUUCAUCGUCAAUCAGGCGGAAAUGCACCAACUUGGCGAAAGAACAGAAGGCCAGUUUCUACAUCAUGCGUCGCUGCAUCGCCAUGCUUGUCUGUUGGCACAAGCACGCCGCCGAUCCCUGACCCACAUCAUCAUCCAACCCAACUCUCUCUCUCUCUCUCUCCUCGUCCUCUGGCCAGGGCAAGCUCAUGA